CGGCUUUCACCUUCUGGCCACACAAUCGGUCCGAUUCGCAAACGAGGAUGCCGGCCAGCAAGAACGAGUUGGUGCUCGUGACGGGGGCUUCGGGAUUCAUCGCCCUGCACAUCAUAGAUCUUCUGCAGCGGGAAGGAUAUCGUGUCCGCGGCACCGUGAGGAGCUUGAAGAACGAGGCGAAGCUGAAGCCCUUGCUGAACCUCUGCCCCAAUGCUAAACAUAAACUGGAACUCGUGGAAGCAGAUCUGACCAGAGAUGGUGGCUGGGAACAAGCGGCAAAGGACUGCACGUAUGUUAUCCACGUUGCGUCUCCGUUCCCGAAUGCCCCUCCCAAGUCCCUCGACGACUUGAUGGUACCGGCCGUGGAAGGUACCAAGAGGGUUCUAAAAGCCUGUGCCAGUGCCGGGACCGUCAAGCGCGUAGUCCUGACGAGUUCCAUCAGUGCUGUUCACGGUGAAUCCACAAACGAGGAAGGACGCGUGUACGGGGAAGACGACUGGAGCGAUGUCACCAGCCCGGCCAUGGACGCUUACGCAAAGAGUAAAACCCUUGCAGAAAAGGCAGCCUGGGAUUUCGUCCGGGCCCUGCCGUCCGGCAACAGAAUGGAAUUAGUCACUGUGAAUCCGAGCUUGGUGAUGGGCCCGUCUAUCAGCGGCGUCGUCUGCACCAGUCUUGAAUUGAUCAAACGCCUCAUGGAUGGUUCGAUGCCUCUGAUUCCUCGACUGUACAUUUCCAUUUGUGAUGUCCGAGACGUUGCCCUGGCUCAUUUGAGAGCCAUGAUCGUGCCGGAAGCCGCGAACAAGCGACACGUGGUUGCCUCUGCCCACCUGUGGCUGGGGGAUAUGGCUCAUAUCCUGCGUAAUGAGUUUGCUCCUCAAGGAUAUUUCAUUCCGACAUGGCCCGCUCCAUAUUUCUCGCUAUGGCUUUACAGUUUUCUGGAUUGUUCGAGUAAACUCAUAUUGGAGAGAAUCGGUAAGACAUACACGUUUUCCAAUCAGAGGAUGAAAGAAGUACUCAAAGUAGAACCGCGCAAGGCCGAGGAUACCCUGAUUGAUACUGUCCAUGGGAUGAUCGAAUGUGGCGUCGUUAAGAAAACGAAAAAUUACAAACCCAGAAAGUAAUUAAGAUUGUGUGUUCUGUGUUUUUCGAAUUGUUACUAUGCCUCGAACUAAAAUCAGUGGAUCUUCUAUGUUAUAUGAAGCUGAAUAACUGUUUUCCGUCCGAGUUACGCUGAUUUAAAGAGCUUUGUAAUUGUACAAGAAUGAGGAUUUAAUGCCUGGUAUGAAUUUCUUAACAUGUGUUUUAAUUGCUAGUUCAAGUUUAAAACCAGUGUCUUAUAAGUGUGUGUGUUUAAAAAUAAAUUUAAAAGAAACUAUAAGGAUUUUUUUUAUCA